GGAAGUGACGUCGUGCCGCAGCCUGCUAACAGCGUGCUAACGGUGAAAGGUGGCAGAUCUUUCCUCAAAGCUGCGUUGGCCCCGGCAGGAUCUGAGUUCGCAGACAUGUGGCCGGUGUUGUGGACAGCGAUGCGGACUUACGCCCCUUACGUCACUUUCCCAGUAGCCUUAGUGGUUGGAGCGGUGGGCUACCAUCUAGAGUGGUUUCUCACGGGACCCUCCAAACCUCGAGAGGAGAGGGGCAUUUUAGAACUGAGAGAAGAGAGGAAGCUGCAAGAGCAACUGGGGAAAGACGGCACCCAAGUACUGAGCCUGAAGGAGAAACUAGAGUUCACCCCAAAAGCGGCUUUGAACAGAAACCGACCAGAGGAGAGCUAACCUGCGCACUGGGAUACUGGGAUGGUCCUCUGACGGUGGACAAGACUGAAUGGACCGUGUCUCCAUCUUGACUGUAUGAGCUGUAGGCCAGUACAUUAACGUCAGAACUAUUGCUCCUUAGUUUGGUGUUUGUGGCUUUCAUACAUUAAAUGUCGUAUGCUUCAAAUCAACUUAUACACUUGAUAUUUACAGUUUCUUCAAAAUGAGUUUCCAGGAUCAGAAAAUAGGAAAUCAUUGUAAAAACAUGACUUUGACAAACUUUUAUUGGAUCAUUAUUGACAGAUAGAAUGUCUUUGUUCUCGCUAUUUCAGGGGUGUCCAAACUUUUUUCACAAGGGGCCGCAUGUUGAAACACAUUUGAAGCGGAGGACCACAGACCAGUGUCGAUACAGCGAGUCAAACGGUGCAUUUAACACAGGUUUGACAGAGACAUUGUACCUUUAAUACGACUUGGAAGAUUAUUUUUAGGUCUGUGUCACAAUGCAGUGUGAUGUUAUUCAGGUUAUGGAGGUAGAAUCUCUUAAAUUUGUAGUAAAAACACUUCCUGAUCAAUUGAACCAGUUUAGAAGGAGGCAUGAGGGCCAACAAAAAUUGGUCUGAGAGCCGCAUUUGGCCCCGGGGCCGUAGUUUGGACAGCCUUGAGAUAUAUAUUAAUACACGUGCCAAAGAUCAGAAAUUGCAUUGAAAGGAAUCGCACCAUUUCUACAAUUCGUCCUGGCUUUGUAAACAUAAAGUGUCUUGCCCUGUGGUACAAUGGAACAGAUUUAAGUCCAUUUUAACUAUAAAUAUUCAACUUUAAGGCCUUUUGGUUUGACAUGACUGUGGCAUGUGAGGAUUUCCAUGUUUCAUCCCAGUCACAUGUUUCCUCUUGUGUUGUUCGUACAUGAUCGUGAACAUGAAAGUUCUGACACGGCUUUGUUCUCGUUCUUUUAUCUCAAUGUAACUCCUGCUCCUGGAAUGUGAGUCAUAUGGCAGCGGUGCGGGAGGUCUCAGGAACUUUAAGCUCCUUAAUGCCAUUGUCUUCGAUUGACAGACUACUUUUAUUGUACCGAGUAUUGCACAAUCUAGUAUUUAAGAAAUGUGAAGAGAAUAAAACUUCAUUUACCGGAUCAUGACUUAA